AUGCCAGCACGUUUAGCAAUAGAUGGCGGAGCACCCGUUAUCGCAGACGCUAUACCCGGCGGAAUGCACGGGCCCAGUUUGAUAGAUGAACGCGAGAUCAAUGCUGUGACUGAAGUCUUGCGCAGUGGGAAACUUUUUCGAUUCAUUGAGGAUUCAAAUGUAGCCAAUUUUGAGAAGGAGGCAGCGGCGUACCUCGGUGCAAAACACGCCUUGAUGGUGAACUCAGGUACCUCCGCAAUCAUCUGCGCCCUGACUGGGGUCGGCAUCGGACCGGGAGAUGAGGUGAUAGUUCCGGGCUACACCUUUAUCGCAACUGCCGCUGCUAUUGUCGGUGUAGGCGCGAUUCCAGUCAUAGCGGAAAUCGACGAUUCGCUCGGCUUAGAUAUCGCCGAUGUGGAACGGAAAAUUACACCACAUACGAAAGCGAUCUUACCGGUACACAUGCAAGGCGUACCGUGUCGGCUUGAGGCGAUUGUCGAACUCGCGCAGAAGCGCAAUCUCCUGGUUGUUGAGGAUUGCUGUCAGUGCAUCGGAGGACAGUAUAAGGGGAAAUAUGCUGGAACGUGGGGAGAUGCAGGCGCGUGGAGCCUCAACUACUACAAGGUGAUCUCCUGUGGUGAAGGUGGACUUAUCUUUAGCGAUGACUACGAUGUCUAUGAACGCGCAGCAUUCGCAGCGGAACCCGGCUUACCGAUGUGGAUGAGUGAUUCUGAGUGGCAGAACAAACCUUUUUCUCGGCAGUGCUACCGAACGAGUGAAAUUUUGGGCGCGAUCGCACGCGUGCAACUCUCAAAGUUAGAGGACAUCUUGGGACAUACACGCCGACUCAAAAAGGCAUUCACCGCUGAGCUCGCUGAGGAACCGAAAGGCUAUAUCCGUCAACACGUAGAUGACCCGACCGGAGAAUGCGGGAUCAGUGCCGCUAUUAUCGUGCAUGAUGUGGAACUCGCCAAGAAAUACGCUGAUGCCCUCAGAGCAGAGGGAUUGAACGCAGGCACCGCUUACAACCAAGGGUUCCCCGACAGGCAUAUCUAUACCUAUUGGGAUUCUAUCUUGUUCAAGCAUUCACCGGACGCGUCAGGGUAUCCGUGGAAGGAUCCGAGUUACAAGGGAAACGUUGAAUAUUCGCGAGAUAUGUGUCCGCAGACACUAUCUAUUCUCGGUCGUGCGCUACGGUUCGGGUUCAACGUGAAUAUGCAAGAGGAGCACGCGCGAUUGAUGGCAGCCGCUAUCAAUCAAGUGGACGAUGCCCUCGGAUAA